GGCGCGCAGGGUGGCCGCACGCGGCUGCACAGGCCGGGCUGCGGCGGGGGAGCGGGGCCGCUGGACCCCGCCUGAGGCUGCGCAGCAAGCGAUCCGGGCCUGUGGGCACCCGCAGACCGCGGGACCGGGCGCCUGCGGCCGCGCCGAGGCCUCCGCGCCGGAGAGGGGUAGGGGAGAGUGUCUGCGCGGAGGCUGCAGCCCCGUCGUCCCGGUUGCCCUGUGAGCGCAUCUCCGUGCCUCAGGCUCGGCUUCCACUGGACUCGGAGAAGGAGAGUGUGGAGUGACUUGACCUUCCAGCUCGGCGGUGGGGAUGGGGUGGUGAUGGACCCUUGUCCCACUACGCAGGAGGGCUUGGCUACCCUGUGCUGGAGGUUCAUCUGUCCACAUCGUGACAUUUUGCGGAGAACUUAUUCUAGGCCGGGUGCUGUUCCAGGGGAUUGGGUCGUCAGCAUGCUUGGGUGGACAGCCAAUAAACACAUGAACACACAGCCAGGGGCACUGCAGACAGAGGCUAAGCACUGCAAAGAAAACACAGUGGGGGCUAGCUGUGGCUUCUGUGAGGAUGUGGCCUGCAUGAUGAGACAAUGCUGGGAGAAGAGCAAGCACCAAGGCCCUGAGAGCACUACGAAUCCUGGACUGCUCCUUGCUGAAUGGGAGACCUGUGCCCUUGACGUGUAAACAGAACAUCUUUUAAAUUUUUAAAAAUUGACUGAGGUGCAAAACAGACAGAAACGUGCGGGAAGCAUAGGGCGGUUGCUGGGGGGAUGGACACCCUGGAGGAGGUGAUUUGGGCCAAUGGGAGCACAGCACUGCCCCCACCCCUGGCACCCAACAUCAGUGUGCCGCAUCGCUGUCUGCUGCUGCUCUACGAGGACAUCGGCACCUCUAGGGUCCGGUACUGGGACCUCUUGCUGCUCAUCCCCAACGUGCUCUUCUUCAUCUUCCUGCUCUGGAAGCUUCCAUUUGCUCGGGCCAAGAUCUGCAUCACUUCCAGCCCCAUUUUUAUCACCUUCUAUAUCCUGGUGUUCGUGGUGGCGCUGGUGGGCAUCGCCCGGGCUGUAGUGUCCAUGACGGUCAGCACCUCAGACGCUGCGACUGUUGCUGAUAAGAUCCUGUGGGAGAUUACCCGCUUCUUCCUGUUGGCCAUCGAGCUGAGUGUGGUCAUCCUGGGCCUUGCCUUUGGUCACCUGGAGAGCAAGUCAAGCAUCAAGCGGGUGCUGGCCAUCACCACGGUGCUGUCCCUGGCCUAUUCUGUCACCCAGGGGACGCUGGAGAUCCUGUACCCUGACGCCCACCUCUCAGCUGAGGACUUCAACAUCUACGGGCACGGGGGCCGCCAGUUCUGGCUGGUCAGCUCCUGCUUCUUCUUCCUGGUCUACUCUCUGGUGGUCGUCCUCCCCAAGACUCCGCUGAAGGAGCGCAUCUCCCUGCCUUCUCGGAGGAGCUUCUACGUGUACGCGGGCAUCCUGGCGCUGCUGAACCUGCUGCAGGGGCUGGGAAGCGCGCUCCUCUGCGCCGACAUCAUCGAGGGGCUCUGCUGCGUAGAUGCCACCACGUUCCUCUACUUCAGCUUCUUCGCACCGCUCAUCUACGUGGCCUUCCUCCGGGGCUUCUUCGGCUCAGAGCCCAAGAUCCUCUUCUCCUACAAAUGCCAAGUGGACGAGACCGAGGAACCGGACAUGCACCUGCCCCAGCCCUACGCUGUGGCCCGGCGGGAGGGCCUGGAGGCGGCAGGGGCUGCCAGCACACAGUUCGAUUCGGCCGGUGGGGUGGCCUACUUGGACGACAUUGCUUCCAUGCCGUGCCACACCGGCAGCAUCAACAGCACGGACAGCGAGCGCUGGAAGGCUAUCAAUGCCUGAGUGCGGCCUCCCUGGCUGGAAGGCCUGCUGCCCUGUGGAGGGCAGACUGGAGAGGAGGCCAGGGAACGCAGAGUCCCCGGGGGGGGA